UCCAUCCAUCCAUCCAUCCAUCCAUCCAUCCAUCCCCUAUCCAUCCAUCCAUCCAUCAUCCAUCCAUCCACCCAUCCAUCCAUCCACCCAUCCAUCCAUCAUCUUUCCAUCCAUCAUCCAUCCAUCCAUCCAUCCAUCUAUCCAUCCAUCCAUCCAUCCAUCCAUCCAUCCACCUAUCCAUCCAUCCAUCCAUCCAUCAUCAUCCAUCCAUCCACCUAUCCAUCCAUCCAUCCAUCCAUCCAUCCAUCCAUCAUCAUCCAUCCAUCCACCUAUCCAUCCAUCCAUCCAUCCAUCCAUCCAUCAUCAUCCUAUCCAUCAUCCAUCCACCCACCCAUCCAUCCACCUAUUUAUCCAUCCAUCAUCCAUCCAUCCAUCAUUCAUCAAUCUAUCAUCCAUCCACCUAUCCACUCAUCCAUCCACCCAUCAUCCAUCCACCCAUCCAUCCAUCCACCUAUCCACCCAUCCAUCCAUCCAUCCAUCAUCCCUCCCUCCAUCCAUCCAUCCAUCCACCCACCUAUCCUCCUCCCUCCCUCCAUCCAUCCAUCCAUCCAUCCAUCCAUCCAUCCAUCCACCUAUCCAUCCAUCCAUCCAUCCAUCCAUCCAUCCAUUAUCCAUCCAUCCAUCCACCCAACCAUCCGCCCAUCCAUCAUCCAUCCAGCCAUCCAUCCACCAUCCAGCAUCAUC